AAGAGAAGAUGGUUUGUGCUUCGCAGUGGCCGUUUAACGGGGGAUCCAGAUGUAUUGGAAUACUACAAAAAUGACCAUGCCAAGAAGCCUAUCCGUAUUAUUGACUUAAAUUUGUGUCAACAAGUGGAUGCUGGAUUAACAUUCAACAAAAAAGAGUUUGAAAACAGUUAUAUUUUUGAUAUCAACACUAUAGACAGAGUUUUCUAUUUGGUAGCAGACAGCGAGGAGGAGAUGAAUAAGUGGGUUCGAUGUAUCUGUGAUAUCUGUGGGUUCAACCCUACAGAUGAGGAUGCUGUGAAGCCACCGGUCAGUUCUUUACAACCAUCUGCUGAGUUACCCUUGCCCAUCAACACUUCACCGCCUUCCAUGCAAGCAGAAUCUUCGCUACCUCCUCCUUAUCAGCUUAUUAACAUCCCCCCACUGGAGUCUUCCUCUGGUCAAGAAGAUCCUCAAGACUACCUACUGCUAAUAAACUGUCAAAGUAAAAAACCUGAACCUAUGAGAUCUCAUGCUGACUCGGCAAAAUCCAGCUCUUCUGAAACAGACUGCAAUGAUAACGUGCCCUCCCACAAAAAUCCCGCUCCAUCAGCGAGCAAGCACGCUGUGAAUGGCUUUUUUCAGCAGCAAGGUGUCUAUGACUCUCCGCCUUCUCGUACUGGACUGACAGUGGCAGACUGCAGCCUUUAUAACCUGCCUAGGAGUUACUCACAGGAUGUUUUACCGAAGGCAGCGUCUCCAUCUGGGACUGAUGCAGAAGGAGAGCAACAUGUUUUCAAUACCCCGUCAGCAACAUCUUCAUUAGACGCACAGAUGAGACACAUCUCCAUUAGCUAUGACAUUCCCCCCACACCUGGAGGUACUUAUCAGAUUCCACGAACUUUUCCAGAGGGAACGUUGUCUCAGACUUCAAAACUGGAGACUAUUCCAGAUAUUCCUCCACCUCGGCCACCAAAACCUCACCACGCUUCAGAUCGAUCUCCUGUGGAAACAUGUAGCAUUAGUCGCACUGCUUCAGACACUGAUAGUAGUUACUGCAUCCCUACAGCAGAAGGAAUGCCACCCUCGCGCAGUAAUACCAUUUCAACUGUAGAUUUGAAUAUCUUUCGUAAAGAAAUUAGUUCUCAAGACUGUUAUGAUAUUCCACGAACGUUUCCGAAUGACAGAUCUAACUCAUUGGAGGGCUUCCAUAACCACUUUAAAAACAGAAGCAUGUUGACAGUGGGAAGUGUUUCAAGUGAAGAACUAGAUGAAAAUUAUGUCCCAAUGAAUCCCAACUCUCCUCCACGACAGCAUUCCAGCAGCUUCACUGAACCCAUCCAGGAAACAAACUAUGUACCAAUGACACCAGGCACGUUUGAUUUUCCGUUAUUUGGAAAGCAAGUUCCUCCUCCUGCUCACAUGGGUUUCAGGUCCAGUCCAAAGACCCCUCCCAGACGGUCAGUACCUGUUGCAGAAUGUGAGCCACCGCCAGUGGAUCGGAACCUCAAACCGGACAGAAAAGAAUUUCUGUUGAAGACCACUGCUGCUUCUCUAAAGCUGGUAUUACUGCAGAGAUCAGGUGUGUUGGUGAUAAGGCCUCCAGGUCAAAGUCCUAAAAUUUUAAGACCUAAACCACAUGGUUUAGAGCGAACUGAUUCACAAACCAUAGGUGACUUUACUACAAGAAGAAAGGCAAAACCAGCUCCAUUAGAAAUAAAACCUCUGCCUGAAUGGGAAGAAUUACAAGCCCCAGUUAGAUCUCCUAUCACCAGAAGCUUUGCACGAGACUCCUCCAGGUUUCCCAUGUCUCCCAGACCGGAUUCAGUUCAUAGCACAACUUCCAGCAGUGACUCGCACGACAGUGAAGAGAAUUAUGUAUCCAUGAAUCCAAAUCAGUCCACUGAAGAGCCAAAUUUGUUUGGAAGCAACAGUCUUGAUGGGGGAAGCAGCCCUAUGGUAAAACCUAAAGGAGAUAAACAAGUAGAAUAUUUAGAUCUGGACCUAGAUUCCGGAAAAUCUACCCCACCUCGUAAGAAAAAGAGCAGUGGUUCAGGCAGCAGCGUGGCAGAUGAAAGAGUUGAUUACGUUGUGGUUGACCAGCAGAAAACGCUAGCACUGAAGAGCACACGAGAGGCAUGGACUGAUGGGAGACAGUCUACAGAAUCUGAAACACCUACAAAAAGCGUGAAAUGAAAAUACUGCUUGUUCUUCAAAGAACAGAAAGGAGUGAAUUUUGAAGAAUUACAGAACCACAAUGGCAGUGUUGUUCGACUGUACAGUACCUGAUUCACUGGUGUGUGACUAGGUUCUUGACUGAAUAGGAUGGAAGCCAAAGGACACUUCGAAUAUAUCAAAGGAAUUUUAAGAUCGUAAAUUGGCUCUGUGGUCUCUGGAAAAAUUGCAACCUGUAAAUAACGUGUAAAAUAGUAUCGCUUAGCUUUCAGAAAACCUUUUGUUCUGUAGUUAACACAUUUGUAGUAUUACUAUGUUUAUGCACUUUUUCAGUUACAAUGUUGGUUCAGGUAUUGCCAGUUAGUGUACCUUAAUGCCUAAUUCAUCUGGAGAAUUUUUUUUUUCCUUACACUACUAUUCCUUACGUUUUUAGGUUAAUUAAGCUACAUGUAGAUACGGAAAUUAAUAUUUGAACUUCAUUUUAACAACUUAAAAUUGAUUUUGCGGAAAUACUUUCACAAUUGAAUAAUCUACUUGAAAUGCCAAGAGAUGACCGUUAGUUACAUACUUGUUUAUAUUUAAUACAUGCAAGGUUAUUUGGAAGUCUACAGGUUACCUUCCUAACAAAAAUUGCUGUGAGUUAAUAAUAAUGAACUGUACUGGGUUUAGACCUACAAUCCUGGCUUAUAUGUUAGUUGUUAGUGGUGGAACUUCUAUUGUAUUUUAUUAAUGACAGUGUUCUGUGUUCAAUGAGUGAAGAUUCUGCAGGGUGGGAUCUUACACUUUUAAAGACUGAAUAAUUAAAUAUCAAGUAAGCCUGCAAACCACUGAUGGCAUGCAGUAAUAUUGUGAUCUCACACUUAUUAACAAGGAAUAACCUUUAUAUUAUUUACAGAAGGUAGAGUAUAUAAAUCAGGUACGUACCAAGCACUAUUGUGCUAAUACACUGAUCAGGUUUAGACAAUGAGCUUUAGUUUUGUACUCUUUAGAAGUUCUAAUGUCAGUUUUCAGUUCAAGAUUAAUGGGACAGUUUGACAUUCACUGUUUGUAGUACUAGCAAAAUACUGUGAUUUUGAAUUAGACAUUAAUUCAAAUGGAAAUACUACGUUUUGACACCAUAGUGCCCUUCUUAUGAUCUCUAUUUUACUUUAAUCUCCUGCUUGGCCUUAUAUUUAAAUCCCUAUGCAACUGGUAUUUUAUAUCUCUGUUUUUAAAAAUUAGAUAAUAUACUUCAAUGAUCCCCUUGUAAACCACUUGUUGCUCUUUCCUGGUACAGGAUUUUAAGCUCUGUAUACUGUGAUCCUUUAUUUUACUAUGCCAGUUCCAAAUAAUAAUCUGCCUUGGUUUA